AUGAUUCAACAGUCAAUGCAAUUGGGUGGGUUGGCACAUGAGGAUCCUAACUUACAUAUUGCAAAUUUCCUUGAGAUUUGUGAUACUUUUAAGCACAAUGGAGUUUCCAAUGAAGCUAUAAGACUAAGAUUGUUCCCAUUUUCAUUAAGAGACAAGUGGAUACAGAGUCACUAUACGAAUCAUGGGAAAGGUUCAAGGACAUGCUCUGAAGAUGUCCCCACCAUGAAUUAUCGUGAAGUUUGGAAUAUGAUCAAUGCUGCUAUGGGUGGUACUUUAGGUAAGAAGACACCAGAACAAGCUUAUGAAUUGUUGGAGGAAAUGGCUUCAAAUUCUUAUCAAUGGUUGAUAGAGAGGUUGCCUGUGAGAAGAACAUCAGGUGUUCAUAACAUAGAUGUUAUCACAGCUUUGGCAGCACAAUUGCAGGCAUUGAAUAAGAAGAUUGAUGGACUUUAA